UCAUGAUGGAAAUCAUGUAGUCUAACCUAUCUUUGAUGCAAAUGAGGGCUCUGAGGCCCAAAGAGACAAAUGUCUUGCCUGAGGUCAUACAGACCAUUUGUGACAGAGUUGUGAUUCAAAGCCAGGUGCCCUGACUUCCAAGUAGUUCUCACUACAGUACACCAAACUGGUACUUAUUUGGGAAUCUUAUCUGCAAGGUCUCGGGUUGCCUUCUUCCUCUAUUAGGAUCUGGGAUCCAUUAGGAGGCCACUGUUUCAUUUUCUUUUACUUCGCUCAAAAAGCUCUGCAGUCCUUUCUCAGUGAGCCACUUGACAGCUAAAGACUGGACCAGAGGAAUCUGUAUUUGACCAUGGUUACUCCAUUUCAGCUUUCUUCCAGCCAUGUGCUAACCCCUAAUCCUGCUUUAGCAUCCCAACAGGAGCUCAGUGCUGAAAGUCAAUGAAGCAAAACAGCAGCUCUCCAGGGGUCUUCGUUCUAUUGGGCUUCUCUGACAAGCCCCAGUUAGAGAUUGUUCUCUUCGUGGUUAUCUUGAUCUUCUAUAUCUUGAACCUGGUGGGGAACACAAUCAUCAUAUUAGCGUCCUGCCGGGACCCCAAACUGCACACCCCAAUGUACUUCUUCCUUACCAACCUGUCACUCCUAGACCUCUGCUUCACCACCAGUGUAGCUCCACAAUUGUUGGUCACCAUGAGAAGAAAAGACAAGACCAUGAGCUACAGUGGGUGUAUAGCUCAACUCUAUGUGGCCAUGGAGCUGGGAUCCACUGAGUGCAUUCUCUUGACCGUCAUGGCCUAUGACCGCUAUGCAGCAGUGUGCCGCCCCCUCCACUAUGCAGUCAUCAUGCAUCGUCGACUCUGCCUGUCUCUGGCUGCCACAGCAUGGCUCAGUGGCCUCGCCACCUCUCUGAUCCAGUGCUCUCUCACUAUACAGCUCCCCCUGUGUGGUCACAACCACCUUGACCACAUCUUCUGUGAGGUGCCAGUGUUGAUCAAGCUGGCCUGUGUAGAUACCACCUUUAAUGAGGCCCAACUCUUUGUAGCCAGUGUGGUCUUCCUUGUGGUGCCUGUCUCUCUCAUUCUGAUCUCCUAUGGCUACAUCACCCAGGCCAUAUUGAGGAUCAAAUCUGCCUCAGGACGUCGUAGAGCAUUUGGAACCUGUUCUUCUCACCUGGUGGUUGUAAUCAUCUUCUAUGGGACCAUCAUCUUCAUGUAUCUCCAGCCAGUCAAAAGUAGGUCCAAAGACCAGGGGAAGUUUGUCUCCCUCUUCUACACGAUAGUCACCCCUCUGUUAAAUCCUCUCAUCUAUACCCUGAGGAACAAGGAUGUGAAAGGAGCACUAAUAAAGCUGAUAUUGGGGAAAGCUAGAGGUUAA